AUGGGGCCGUGCCGGUGGCCGCUGCUCUGGGGCUUCCACGCGGCGCUGGUGCAGGUCGCCGUUCUCGCGGCGGGGCAGCGGCCGCAGGAGAGACCCCCGCGGCCGGCGGGAUGGUCGCCGUCCCCCUCAUCCUCAUGGGCGCCCACCCUGGAGCCGGGAUCGCCGGGGGACAGCGAGGGCUCGGCGGCGGCGCUGGCGUUCCUGCGCACGGGCGAUGCCGAGCGCCUGGCCCGGGCCAACUGCAGCGGGGCUGUCUCGGCGGGGGCCCCCGGGGCCGGGCCCCCCCCGGCGCUGCGGGCAGCCCUGAGAGCCGCCCCCGAGGCUCUGGCCCACGCCGCCAAUUUCCUCAACAUGCUCUUCCAGACCAACGACAUCCGCGAGGCCAGCGUGGCCGAGGACGUGGAGUGGUACCAGGCGCUGGUCCGCAGCCUGGCAGAGGGGCACCCGUGGGUGCGCAGGGCGGUGCUGGCCCUCGACGCCCACCCGCUGGCCCCCAAGCCCCGGCUGAUGCUGCAGGCCACCAAGGGGGACAGCCAGAUCCUGCUGCAGGAUGUUUCCAGCGCCGCUCCCAGCCUGGGCAACCUCAGCUGGGAUAACGAGUGGUUCAACGCCCUCAAGGCGCAGAGGGUCCCGGCGCUCCGCAAGCGGGUGCUCAGCAAUGACCUGCGCAGCCUGGAGACCCCCAAGUGGCAGCGGGGGGACAGUUACGUGGGGGACCCGGGCCACGUGCGCUGGUCCCCGCCGUUCCUGGAGUGCCGCGAGGGCCAGUUCCUGCCCACCUGGGUGGUCACGCUCUCCUCCGCCUUCUACGGGCUCAAGCCGGACCUCAGCCCCGAGUUCAAGGGGGUCGUGCGGGUGGACGUGGAGCUGAGGGAUGUGGCCAUCGACCAGUGCUCCAGCGGGCCGGGCUGGUUCUCGGACACGCAUCGCUGUGACCUCAACAGCACCCAGUGUGUCCCCCAGGAGAGCCGCGGCUUCGUCCUCGGGAGGUACCUGUGCAGGUGCAAGCCGGGUUUUUAUGGGGCCGGCGGAGUGGCCAGCGGUGCCUGGGCAGGUGUGGUGGGCACAGACAGGGGGUCCCGCCUGGGGUGCCGGCCGUGCCACCCGGGCUGUGCCACCUGCGAGGACGACGCUCCCUGCCUGAUCCAGGAGGACCAGGUGCUGCGGGCAGCGGUGCUGUCGUGCCAGGCCUGCUGCAUGCUGGCCAUCUUCCUCAGCAUGCUCGUGUCCUACCACUUCCGACGGAGCAAGAGGAUCCGGACAUCAGGAAUCAUCCUGCUGGAGACCAUCCUCUUCGGCUCCCUCCUCCUCUACUUCCCCGUGUUCAUCCUGUACUUCAAGCCCAGCAUCUUCCGCUGCAUCGUCCUGCGCUGGGUGCGGAUGCUCGGCUUCGCCAUCGUCUACGGCACCAUCACCCUCAAGCUCUACAGGGUGCUGAAGGUGUUCCUGUCCCGCACGGCCCAGCGCGCUCCCUACGUGUCGAGCGGGCGGGUGCUGAGGAUGCUGGCGCCCAUCCUGCUCCUGGUGCUGUGGUUCCUGGCAGCCUGGACCAUCGGGAUGCUGGAGAACAGCCACAAGAACAUCCCGCUGGUCAUCCGUGCCCAGACCAACCGUGGCCUCCACUUCUCCAUCUGUGGCCACGACUGCUGGGAUUACAUGAUGGUCAUUGCCGAGAUGCUGUUCCUGCUGUGGGGCAGCUUCCUGUGCUACGCCACACGUGCCGUGCCCUCGGCCUUCCACGAGCCCCGCUACAUGGGCAUCGCCCUCCACAACGAGCUCAUGGUCUCUGCUGCCUUCCACGUGGUCAGGUUCCUGAUUGUCCCCUCGCUGCAUCCGGACUGGACACUGCUGCUCUUCUUCGCUCACACCCACGGCACCAUCACCAUGACCCUGGCCCUGCUCUUCAUUCCCAAGUUCCUGCACACGGGCUCGCCGCUGCGGGAGGAGAUCACGGCCGAGGUGUACGAGGACGAGCUGGACAUGCGGCACUCGGGCUCCUGCAUGAACAGCAGCAUCGCGUCCGCCUGGAGCGAGCACAGUCUCGACCCCGAUGACAUUCGGGAGGAGCUGAAGAAACUUUACCGACAGCUGGAGGUGCACAAGACGUGGCGGAUGGCGACCAACAACCCUCACCUGGCCAAGAAGCGCGGCUCCCGCCGCAGCCUCGCCCGCUCCAUCCUGCGCCGCGGCGGAGCCGAGCUGCCCGAGAGCGCGUCCCGCCGCAGCAGCGCCGGGGACCGCUCGGGGACCGCGUCCCGCCGCAGCUCCUCGGCCAAGCGGCUCUUGGAUGCCGCAGGGACCAGCCUGAGGAUGCGGGACGAAAGUUCCCGGCGCCGCUCCUCAGCCCUGCGCAAAUCCCGCAGCUCCGAGGGGCCCCCGCGGGAGCCCCGCCGAAGAUCGCGCACCCCCAGCCCGCCCGAGGAGCCUCCGCCGGCGGCCGUGAUAGACCCGGAGCAAUCCGACAGCGACUCGCUGGAUGCCGCCCCGCUCCUGUGCAAAUCGGCCAGCGCCCAAAAUCUGGCGGGGCACUGGCGGCGACCCCCGGGCCGCGCUCCGCCCUUGCAGAAGUCGCACAGCGUUGUCGCCGGGGCUCGGGAAGUGGCGCUGCUGGCAGCCCGGGACGAGUGGCACGGCAGCCGCCACCUCUCCGCGCCGGCCCCGAGGGUCCCCAGCGGCACGGCGACACCGCAGGGCCCCACCGAGAGGGGCUCGCAGGGGGACGUGGCCCUGCUGGGCGACGCCAAGGGACACAAACACGUCACCUACGGGCCCGUCAAGAGCGUCAGCGUUGACAGCGCCCACCCGCCCAGGAGGGUGCGGGUGACCGUGAAGAAAACACCCCCGCCGCCCCCCGUCCGCUACCAGAGCCUGCAGCGCUCGGGGACGCUCGGGGACGGCCCGGAGCCAGCCUCGGGUCCCCCGGCACAGGCGGGAGAAGCGGAGGGGACAGCGGGGGACGAACCGGAGCUCGCGUCCCCCCCGGCAGGGAAGGGCAGGCUGCUGACCCCGAGCGCCACCCCGGCACACGUCUGUCCCUGGGAGCUGGUCCAGGAAGAGAUCCUGAGCAGGAAACAAAAAGCGGCCGAGGCAGCAGAGUCAGGGACUCCCGGUGAUACAGCGGCCACCAGCCCCGGCCCCAAGCCGCCCUCCCAGAAGAGUUUCCGGAGCCUGGGACUCGCCAUCAAAGCCCUGAACCGCUCCAGGGGGAAGAGCAUCCUGAAAGGGAAAAGCGAGGGGAGCCUCAGGAAGACGGGGAGCAGCAGGAGGGAGAAGUCCGGCCUGGCAGAGGCCUCGGCCGUGUCCCUCGGGGAUGUCAGUCCAGACCCCGCUGCCAAAAGCCCCGAGGGGAGCGGGCAGGGCCUCGCUCUCCAGCACAACAACAACGCCGCCAUCCCCGGGGAAGCCGCGGACUGGGGGGACAGCGGGACGGGAGGACGAUGGGACAGUCUGGCCCCAGGGACAGGCGAUGGGGACGAAGCGGCAGAGGAGCCCAGCGCUGCCCGAAGGGACGCGGGUACCGGUGGGAGUCUGGAGCCACCCAGCGCGGGCCACCAAGGAGCCGCACGUCCCGCGGAGGUGGCACGGGUACAGCGCCAGGGAGGGAACGAGACCCCUGCAGUGGAUGUAGGGGAGGACAUUCCCGGAGCCACAGAGGAGGAAGGGACACUCGGGCAGCUCGAGGGGACCGGCGGGUCCUUGCAGCCCCGGGAGCACCCGGAGGAGAAGCAGCCGCCGGUAAAGCCCACCCCGAGCAGCGUGCGGGGCGCGGCGGGGGCGAAGCCGCGGGCCGAGGUUUGUCCGCCCGGAAUGCCGGCAGGAAGGGGAACCUUGCUGCGCCAGGAGGCGAUCGCUGCCCGGGAGGAUGGUGGGAUCCCAGAGAGCCCGGACAAGGCGCUGGGAAAAGGGAGCAGCGAGCCCGAGCCCGAGCGGGGCCCUGGGGGGAGCUGGAGAGGAGCCGGGAGCGCGCAGCGAGAGCUCAGUCCUGGGGGAACGCGGGGAGAUUCCAGCUGCAAAGCAGGAAUCUGCCCUGGGAAGGGCGGCAGUGAGGGGGAUUCUCAGCGCUCUGCGGCAGUGGAAAAACCACCAGAGCUGCCGAGAGAGGCCGAGAGGCAAGCGGAGGGAAGGAGGGCUGAGGUGUGCCCGUGGGAGAGCAGGGAACAGGGAAGGAGUGUCCGAGCAGAAAUCUGCCCCUGGGAUGCAGAGGGGGCUCGGCUGGAGCAGGAGGGGCAGGGAUUCCCCAUACCUGGAGAAGGUGUGGAGCAGCCUGGGAUGGGGCUCGCAGGAAAAACCCUAGCUCGGCUCAAAGCCUCAUCGCAACGGGCUGGAACCACAGAGAGCAAAAAGGCAAACAUCUGUCCCUGGGAGGUGGAGGAUGAGCUGCGCCCAAAAACAGAGAUCUGCCCCUGGGAAGAGGCUCCGGCUCUGUCGGGGAAGGAGAAAUUGAGGCAGGACACACGGGACUUUUCCAAAGGAGAAGAAAAAGUGGAAUCCGGAGCACUGGAAAAAGGAAAGCAGCCCCCAGCUAAACUCCUGCCCAAAUCUCCUUCGGGAAAAUCCCAGAGCUCAGAGAAGGCAGAGAUCUGUCCCUGGGAGACUCAGGAAUCCAAAUCCAGUGACAAAGCUGAAAUCUGUCCCUGGGACUCUCAGGAUCUGAAAUCCAGUGAUAAAGCUGAAAUCUGUCCCUGGGAAUCCCAGGAGUCUAAAUCCAGUGAUAAAGCUGAAAUCUGUCCCUGGGAGGUGACUGAACCUCGGCUGGAGAAAGGAACAGCCCCAGGGAAGGGGACACUCCCAGGAAAAGAAGCCUCCAAAGCUCUGGAGAAGGGGAGCAGAGAGCGAGUGUCCAUCUGUCCUUGGGACAGCCCGGACACGGAGCAGCCCCCGGCCAAACCCUGCACUGGGAGCUCAGAACUGCUCAAAGCAGCUCCAGGGAAAUCCCAGAGCUCGGAGAAGGCAGAGAUCUGUCCCUGGGAGGUUGAAUCCAGUGAUAAAUCCGAGAUCUGUCCCUGGGAAGGGGCUGAACCUCCCUCCCAGCAGCCAAAGGCAAAGCAGGUCCCUGGUGGGGGCUCCAAGGGGGACAAGCGCAUCACGCGCCAGGCAGCGCUGGCCAGCCCGGACAGAUCCCUGGACAGCAGAGAGCGAGUGUCCAUCUGUCCUUGGGACAGCCCAGACACGGAGCAGCCUCUGUCCAAACCCCGCACGGGGAGCUCAGAACUGCUCAAAGCAGCACCAGGGAAAUCCCAGAGCACAGAGAGCCUGAGGGCAGAGAUCUGUCCCUGGGAGACUCAGGAAUCCAAAUCCAGUGACAAAGCUGAAAUCUGUCCCUGGGAGUCUCAGGAUCUGAAAUCCAGUGAUAAAACUGAAAUCUGUCCUUGGGAGUCACAGGACUCUAAAUCCAGUGACAAAGCUGAAAUCUCUCUCUGGGAGGUGGUUGCACAUCAGCUGGAGAAAACAGCAACCCCAGGUAAGAAGAGACUCCCACGAAAACAAACCACCAGAGCUCUGGAGAAGGGGAGCAGAGACAGGGAAUCCAUCUCUCCUUGGGACAGCCCAGACACGGAGCAGCCUCUGUCCAAACCCCGCACGGGGAGCUCAGAACUGCUCAAAGCAGCUCCAGGGAAGUCCCAGAGCACAGAGAGCCUGAGGGCAGAGAUCUGUCCCUGGGAGACUCAGGAAUCCAAAUCCAGUGACAAAGCUGAAAUCUGUCCUUGGGAGUCACAGGACUCUAAAUCCAGUGAUAAAGUGACUGAACCUCGGCUGGAGAAAGGAACAGCCCCAGGGAAGGGGACACUCCCAGGAAAAGAAGCCUCCAAAGCUCUGGAGAAGGGGAGCAGAGAGCGAGUGUCCAUCUGUCCUUGGGACAGCCCGGACACGGAGCUGCCCCCGGCCAAACCCUGCACUGGGAGCUCAGAACUGCUCAAAGCAGCUCCAGGGAAAUCCCAGAGCUCGGAGAAGGCAGAGAUCUGUCCCUGGGAGGUUGAAUCCAGUGAUAAAUCCGAGAUCUGUCCCUGGGAAGGGGCUGAACCUCAGCUGGUGAAAGGAACUGACCCAAGUAAGGAGAAGCUUCCAGCAAGAGAAGCUUCCAGAGUUUUGGAGACGGGGAGCAGAGACCGAGAGUCCAUCUGUCCAUGGGAGAGCCCGGACACAGAGGAGCUCUCCCUGAAAACUGCAGUGGGAAAGGAGCCAUUCAAGAAAUCCAGCAGCAGGGAGAGCAGGAAAUCUGAAAUUUGCCCCUGGGAAGCAGCAGAGCCCCUUGGGUCAGAGGAGGAAACCUCCCAGCCAGGUGUGCAGCCACAGGGAGCCCACCGAGUUUCCUCCGCUCUGUCUCCAACACUUGUAGAAAAAUCCAGGGGCAGAUCCCACAGAGAAGCUGAGCACAAGCCCCUGUGCCGGCUCCAGCCCAGCAUCCAGCACCCAGGGGUGGGCAGCAGCUGCAGCCCCAGCACUGGCCUGGCUCAGGUUUGUCCUUGGGAAGCUGGAGAGGCUCCAUCAGCACCCACCAAGCCCAGCUCGGACACGAGGAAAAGCUCCGAGGUGUGUCCAUGGGAGGAGGAGAGCACGGAUCGCUCACGGUCCUGCCCCGGGCAGGGCAGAGCUGGGGGGAGCCCCCGGGAUGAGGGUGGGGUGUGA